AUGGACGUUUCUCAACAACAUUUGACUCUUGUUAUUCAGUUUCUUGAACAAACAGUUUCUUUACAAAACCAAACACAAAACACACAGUUAAUGAAUGUCUAUAAUGAAAUAAUUCAAUACGAUGAUUAUAUUCCAUGUUUAUUACAAAUAAUUGCAACACCUCAAUAUAAACCUCUACAACAAAUUGCAUGUAUUUUUUUAAGACAGUCAAUUUCACAUACUAAUAUGGAUGUAUCAACAAUUACUGGAAGUAUUUUACCCUUAUUAGUUGAACGUUCAGUUCGCCCAACAGCGGCGAAUUUAUUGUGUAGUUGUUAUAAUAAAGCUAAUGUACAAUACAAAUACCAAUUACUUCAAAAACUUAUUUCUGUAUUAAAUGAGUGUAAUGAUAUUCCAUCUAUUCAAGGAUCUUUAGCUACAUUGUAUAUGAUUUUAGAAGAUGAUAUUGGUAUUAGUACAAGAAAAGAAUUAGAACAAAUACUUCCUUUAGUUUAUCAGGCCAUUAUGAAUAAAUUAAAUCAUCCAAAUGAUGAAAUCCGUGAAAGUGCUAUGGAAGCAGUAGCUGUUUCUGUUUUUAAUUUAUAUGAUUCAGAUACAUUUAUUCCAACAGUGAUUCAAAGAUAUAAUGAUUCCUCAGCUAAAGUAAGACUUAUUUUAUGUCAAAUUAUUACUUCAAUUACAAGUACUUUUCCUGAUGUACUAAAGAAAUUUAUUAGCCAAGUUAUUCAUGUUCUUGUUGCAUUAACAAAUGACCCAAAUGAAAGUGUGAGAAUUCAUGCAUGUGGAGUAUGGGGAGAAUUAUGUAGUGUUUAUUGUAAUGAAAUUAAACAAGUUCUUCCUUCAUUACUACAACUGUUACUUCCACAUACUGUAUUAACAGAUAGAGAAAUAGGUGAUAUUGGAAAUGAAGCUGAUGAUUGUUUAGAUGGUGAUGGAGCAAUGACAGAGAGAAAGCAAAUUGGAGUUUCGUUAGAUCAGAUGUCUAUCUGUUAUGGAAAUGAAUUAAUUGGAUUAUUACUACCAUUUUUAUCUGAGCAAUUAAAAUCGACAGAAUGGAAAUAUAAGGAAGCAGCAAUUUUUGUAUUUGGAUGUAUUAUUUGUAAAGGAUGGAACCCAAAUAAUCAACAAUUUAAUCAACAAGUUAAAAUAGUAUUUACACAAAUAUUAGAUAAAAUGGAUAAUAGUCCAUUAAUUCAAUAUGUUAUUAUGUGGGUUAUUCAACGAGUUGGAGCAAAUAUUGGAUUUAUAUUAACUUUAGAUGAAAUAAAUAAAGUUUAUGAAGGAGUUAUUCAUUUAAUAAGAGAAGGAGUACCAAGAGUAAAAUAUCAAUCAUUAUCAGUACUAAGUGUAUUUCUUGAUUUAGAAUUACCACUUAUUCAACAACAACAUGCAACAAUAUUAAAUUUAAUGUUAGAACAUAUUGAACCACCAGUAUUUGUAGGAGGAAGAGUUAUUGAUUUAAUAUCACAACUAGUAGAUAUUGCACCAGAACUUUUUGAAUUAAACUCAGCAUUGUUAAAAAGAAUAAUUGCUCAAUACAUUCAAUAUGCUAGUGCAUUUCCUAAUUCACCACAAUUAAUGGAAAGUGUCGUUUAUAAUCUUUCAUAUAUUUUACCCCGAUUUGGAGAUGUUGGUAUUCCAAUUACUGCUUCAAUGAAAGAUUUUGCAAUUAAUUUACUUAAUGCAAGUGAAGGAGAUCUUGAAAUGCAAUCAAGUUGUUUACUUUUAUUAUCUUCAUGUUUAGCAGUAAAUCCAACAUUAUCUGAAAAAAUAUUACAAAUGGUAGCAUCAUCAUUGCCAAAAUAUCUUCAUUACUUAAAAGAUUGUAUGGCAAUAGCUUCAUAUGGAUUACUUGGGGAUUUAAUAACAUAUUCUACAAAUGAAAUUAAACCAAUAAUGGGAAAUGUAAUGAAUAGUUUAUUAUUUAUUUUAGAAAAUGGACAUCCAUCUAUUUUAUCAAAUGUGUUAUGGUCUUUAGGUAUUAUUAUACAAAGAUAUACAAGUGAUAUGCAAAGCUAUUUUAAUUCUAUUUAUCAACGUUUAUUAUAUCUUCUUCAGAAUAAUUUAUCUGAUUUUAAAUUAAAUACAAAAAGAAAUAUGUUGAUUUGUUUUGCUAGAAUUGGCGAAGAAGUUCCUGAUUUAGUUGCACCAAUAAUUGGAAAUAUUUGUUCUCAAUUACUUAGUAGUGUAAAUGGGCUAACUGAUAAUGAAGCAUUAUGUACAGUUAUAUUAGGAAUAGGAAGAUUAAUUUGUUAUAAUCCUAAAGUUUGUGAAUCUAGUUUAAAUAUAAUUCUUCAAAUCUUUCAGUAUUCAUUUGUUAAAUAUGAAGCAUUGUAUGAAAUGUGUGAUGCUGUUAUUAGAACUUUAAAACAAACAUUUAAUACCUCUCAAUAUUCUACUCUAUGGCAAAAUUAUUCACAUUGA